AUGCAAAUCUUCAUUCGCAAUUCUGCCAAAUUACUGGCAGUCAAUGUUGAACAAGACGACACUGUCCAAGAUGUAUAUGAAUAUGUUGCACAAGAAUCAGGCUGUGAAAUGACUGACCUUUUACUAAGCGUCCAUGGAAUGGUUUUAAAUAAUGAACAAACAAUUGAAGAAAUCAUCUCUAUUCCGGGCACUGUUCUCGAUGCUACUGUUAAAGUUCGAGGUGGUAAAAUUCAUGGACGAAUGAACAAUGCUGGCAAAGUUAAAAAUAUGACACCAAAAGUUCCCCCUCAACAGAAACCGAAGAAGAAAACCGGCCGUGCUCGCCGCCGAGAACAAUAUGCUCAUCGAUUCAGCAACAAAGUAGCUGUACCAAACGGCUUUCGUGUUGGACCCAAUUCCAACUAUCAACUACCAACUACGGCAUAA